CUCUCUCCGGCGGCUGCGCGGCGGCUUGGAUCACAUCCUCGUCGGAGCUACCAUGGCUGGGAAGCUUAUUGCAAACCUGAUUGUCAUGGGCUCUACGAUUAUAGGAAGAGCUAUGCUUCAGGCAUAUCGUAAAGCACUUGAUAAUGCAAAUAAAACUGGUGUGGCCCAUGAGGCAAUAAACAAUAUUCGUAGAGCAAGCAAAACAAUGACCGAACAGGAAGCGAGGCAGAUACUGGGUGUCUCAGAGAAUUCGACGUGGGAAGAGAUCGUACAGCGAUACGAUAACUUGUUUGAAAGGAACGGCAAAUCUGGGAGCUUUUACCUCCAAUCGAAGGUUCACCGGGCCAAGGAGUGCCUAGAAACAGUGUACCAAAAGAACAAACAAGAUGAGCCUCCUAACUGAAAUCCCGCCCCUUGAGUCUGCUGUUGACAUUCUUUUCCCCCUCAUAAGAGAACUGUACAUACCAACAACGGUCGCUGCUGUUGUACCAGUAGUAUGCAAUGCGGAACCAAUAAGCUUUGUGUGCAGCGACUGAAACUCCUACAUGUGUAAGACUGAUCAGUAAGGUCUCACUGGGCUCUGGCUCGGUGGCGCUUACAACUUUGUUAUUUUGCCAUAUGAUGAUUGUGCCAAACCAUUAUUCUUG